UGCGGGGAACAGGGUGGUGCAACUUGCUUUCUCUGAAAUAAAUUCAUAAGCGCACAAAAGCUGUAAAGUUUAGGCCGCAAUGGAGGUGAUGUCCCGUGCUACGGAGAGAAUCCACCUUUAUAUCUGGUCAAACUCACCAUGCAAGCAAAGAGAGGAAGCAAGUACAUUCGCAGGGUUGCCAUUUUGUUCGGGGAGUCCAAGACUGGAACCACGGCAACCCUGCUAAUGUAUUUGAUCUCUAUCUGUGCACGGACGGAGUGUUAGAAAAGAUAUGAAGGUGGACUUUCAAUGUAGUGUGGGAUGUUCUCUUCAUUACCGCCUGAACUUUAGAGAAUUUUCACAUCACACAAUGGAGGCUGCAACAGAUUACCCAGUUCAGCAUGUUUCGAGUGAAUAUAUUUAAAUUGAAAGAAAAUUAUUCUCGACAUGGAAACAGCAGGAAACAUGACGAAAACGUUCAUUAUUAUGUGAAGCUCUCAUACUCAUGGAUGGAUCUUUUCAUUUCAUUUUUCGGUUUCCAUGCCUUGAGGCAUUAUAUUGGUUGGAUAUUAGGAUGGUGCAUAAGCAAUUUGAACUAUUGUCUGAAGCAGUAUGUAGAAGAAUGGAAAAUUGGAGAUUUGUAGAAAAACAUUUAUUUUUAAAAUCGGUAAUUGAUAGCCUUUAGAACGAUUAUCUUAUUCGGAGACAACUGCAGAUUUGUAUAUUGUGUAGCAUUAAGGGAAUUUUUCUGACUUUGCCUGGGUUUUGCUCCACAAUUCUUAUCUCCAAAGUUACAAGUAGACUCCACGCCAAAUUUUUCACUGAGCAGAGCCAGUAAAAGGACGCAGCAGUCCCUCAAACCAAAUUCUUGGAAAAACACGAAUCUAUUUUCUUACUCUUUUUUGAUUGUUAUCAUAUCACACUUUUGAGAGGUGACACGGACGUAUUUUUUGGGACACACCACCAUAUUUUGCCUUUAAAAUUAUAUGAUGUCUAGUGAAAUGUGAGGGGUAUUUUGGUCCAUUGUUGCCAUUUUUGGCCGGUAUUUAGGAGAUUCUUUCAAAUUUUCUCUUGUAAAACUUGGCUUAACCUACUAAUAGUCUGCAUUCUUGAAAAGAUGUGCUGUAAUAUUCUCCUCUGUUGCAUGAUUAUCGAAAAAGAGUGACGAGAAAAAAUCGUCAAAAACGACAAAAAAAUGAAAAGUUAAAUGAGCCCUUUAGCCGAACUCUACCACAAACCAGUUAAAAUGAAAGUACUAAAUAAUAUAACUUUUCCGCCUGUAAGUAAAGAAUAUUUUUUUCCCAGGAGGAUCAGUCGAGCAAGCGAUUCAAAUCCUAGAAUUGUACGCGAACAUCGUUUCCCCAAGGUAGGACAUUCCAAUGCGUAGGAGGAGGAGUGGCCGGGGCUGUUGGCAUGUAGGACCGCCCCUCGAAAUAAUUGCUCCGCAACCUCCACUGCAACCUCAACCGCAACCUGAACAACCUCCACUGAAACCAGCACCUGCAUCGAUUCCUCCACAGGAGCCACGAUGUCUGGGAGAAAUAACAAUCAGUUCCGAAGAGGAGCCGCCAUCCACAGACACAUCGAGAACUGGAGAAAUAACAAUCAGUUCCGAAGAGGAGCCGCCAUCCACAGACACAUCAAGGACUGAUGCAGUAGAUUAAAUGGGAUGGCGGCUCUUCCUGCAGGGAGCCUGAUAACUAAGUGAGUUUUCAAUUUUUUGCCAGUACACUUAAAAAUUGUAUACGUAGUAAAUCAUUCCUGGAAGUAAAGGGUUUUUCCUUAAGAUUUUACUCUUCCUUCAGAUGCUUGAAAUAGGCAGCCUAGAACACAUGUCUUGAAAGAAAAUGCCAACUAUUUUCGUUCCUCAAUGAUUACUUUUAGACGGAAUUGAUGCUGUGCAAAAUUGUUUUACUUCUCUCUUACUGCCCUUUUUAAACAAUAUAUAUAUAUUUUUUUUUUAAAGUUAAUGGUCAUUUUGUUUACUUGCUAAUUAUAAUAUUCAGUUAUUAGUGUUUGCAUGCGUUAGUGAGUUGCUAGUGUAACACUGAUUUUUGUUCCUAUUUUCGGAAACUUGAAUGAAUUUCAUGCGCUCACAUAAACAAGCUCGUUCUUAGAGUAGGUAACAGUGCAAAUAUGGCAAAUUUCACUUGAGCCUUUCUUUAGUAUGUUCAACUCAUAUUUUGUACUUGUAUCCCCUUGAAAUACCAUUACGUUAGUGAGUCGACAGAGUAAUGCUGAUUUUUAUUCCUAUUUUCAGAAACUUGAAUGAAUUUCAUGCCCUCAUGUAAACAAGCUCGUUCUCCAACUAACAGUGCAAGUAUGGCAAACUUCAUUUGAGCCUUUCUUUUGCACGUUCAACCCAUAUUUUGUACUUGUAUCCCAUUGACAUAUCAUUACGUUAGCAAGUCAACAGGGAAUUACUGAUUUUUUGUUUUGUUUUCAAGAACUUAAUUAAAUUUUCUUUUUUCUACUA